CUGGGCUACCCAGGGCUUCUAUGGCCACUGUGUGAAAGAAUACACAGGCUUCAGUUCUCCAAUACAUUCUCGAAGACUGUGAGGAAGGGAGAAGCGUAGGGUCUUGGCCCUCCUGGGUGCUUCUGCGUGCGGAUGUCUUUCCUGAUCCACAGGGUGAAGGCCAGAAGUCUGCCCAUCUGUAGAGACCCUGCUGCUCCAAGGUGAUGUGAUGGCCCUUCCAUGCUUCUCCAUGGAGUGUCCUGUAGCCCCAGUCUUGGUGUCCUCUCCAGGCUUCACAGGUUUGGAAGGCACUUUGAAUCCCCGCUCCUGUGGCAGAGCAUUGUCAUGAUCCUCACCAUGCUGUUGAUGCUGAAGCUCUGCACCGAGGUUCGUGUGGCCAAUGAACUGAACAUAAAACGCCGUUCCUUUGCAGACUUUGAUCCUCACCACUUCUGGCACUGGAGCAGCUUCGCAGACUAUGUGCAGUGUGUCCUGGCCUUCACGGGUGUGGCAGGCUACAUCACUUACCUGUCUAUCGACUCAGCCCUGUUUGUGGAGACACUAGGCUUCCUCGCCGUGCUCACCGAGGCCAUGUUGGGUGUGCCACAGCUGUAUCGCAACUACCGCCACCACUCCACAGAGGGCAUGAGCCUCAAGAUGGUGCUCAUGUGGACAAGUGGUGACACCUUCAAGACAGCCUACUUCUUGCUGAAUGGUGCACCCCUGCAGUUCUCGGUCUGUGGCCUCCUGCAGGUGUUGGUGGACCUGGCCAUCCUGGGGCAGGCUUAUGCCUUUGCUCGCCACCCCCAGAAGCCAGUGCCCCAUGCAGUGCACCCUGCUAGUGCCAAGGCUCUCUGAGGCAUCCAAGGAAGGACAAGGACAUGUGACUAACAGCCUUGGGCACAGUGCCCACCUAUGCCCCUGCAUUAGGGAGGCUGGCUGGCCCUGCACACCCCACAGAUGAACAGUCCAGAUGUGGGCAAAAAUGGAGUUGAAUGCUAGGUUCCCAAUCAGCCUCCAGGUGGGGCACUCAGGGACAGUGGGGCUAGGGAUGGCUCUGUGGUACUUUCAAGGUGAUGAAAAAGGCAGGUGUCUUUCCCUGCCUCCUUCAGAAAACACUGGCCCGACCCUGAAAUAGGUUCAUGCCACUGAGCAAGAAUGCAGGCUCAGCAACCCGAGUCCCUCUCGGUCAGCUUCCCUCGGUGAGUCUCUUAUUCCCCAGCAGAGCCUAUGGCUCUAUAGACAGUGUGCAGUCCUGGCUGCUGGUCUGUCCUCAUCCUCUGCUCCAUCCCACCCAUGUGCCACAGCUGUGUCUUCUGUACCUGGUGAAGGUGGGAACCGCUGACCUAAUACUGGUCACUGUAUUUUGCUCUUCUCUCAGCUCAUUAUGAGGUCAUGUCAUUCUUGGCAGCCCUGUGCUGACCUGGCUGACUCCUGAGACCCAGAGUGUUCCAGAUGCUUCCAUGUAGCUUCCACAUGGCAGUAUCUUCCCUCUGCUGGGCAGAAGGGCUUCUUGCAUACACAAUGCUGCCAUCCACAGUCAGCACAAUAGUUCUAACAGUCAUGGUGGCUCACCAGAUGGUUGAAGAGUUCAUGCUGUGGCAUCCUCAAGCUUUCCUCGGAGAUUUUAAGUGUGUGAGUGAGAUUCUUGCUUACUCUCUGGCCUAUAAGAUGCUUUUAAGAUGUUUAUUUUUUAAAAAUGAAGGGAGGUGUCUGUAGUGGUAAAAGACAAAAAUAAAACAUCAUUGAUUGCAGGCUCAAUGAUUGCUGAAUGAA